AUAGAUAAUAUAUAGGAAAACAGUCACCAACUAUGGGUAUGUAGCUCUAAUAAUUGAAACAUGACAGCUCUCAAAUUUCAUGUAAGAAAUCAACAAGACUUGGCCGAAUCACUUCGAGUCUGUCCCGGUUUACACACGAGAACAUGGGUCUCGUCCUCACGUACCAUCUCCACUUCCAUAUUCAGCGAGAACCCAUACUUCAGUGCCUCUUCUUAAGGUCAGAAACAAUAAAGGCCUAAGUAACUAGGUGGUUGCCCAAAAAAAGAACAGAAACUAGUAAGUCCCAUUGCCUGACCCCCUAAGCCAAGAUAAAUUCAAACUAAGAAAAAUAUAUGGAGGUGCGGGGAAUCGAACCCCGUGCCUCUCGCAUGCGAAGCGAGCGCUCUACCAUAUGAGCUACACCCCCACGACUUGGACGGAGUAUCGGUAAGGAAAUUAUUUCAAACAAAUCACUAGAAGAGUGUGUCGCUCAAGUGCUUUUAAUGACAGCAAAGCACCUCAGGGCUCAGAGACGCGCCGAACGGCUCGCAUUCCACCACAGCUCUGCGCAAUUAAAGUCGCUACAUUCCCCACUGCUGCUCUUCGAACACUAAACGAAGGCAAUAGCUCCUCUGCUUAUCUUCUCGGCAAUGAAAGACAACGAAACCCACAUGAUCUCCUUUAUUUCUCACUUACCUCCACUCCCAUUCUCCUCCUAUUUUAAAAACAAUCAUAUAUUACCGCAUUUCAUUUUCAGAGUAUGGUUUUUUAGUCCUUAGGCGGUUCUUUUCCUCCUUAUCUCCACGGACUUUCUGGCAGAGUUUGGCGUUCUCUCAAUCUUUGGGGUGACGAAGGGCCCGUGUUUCUGAUACUAACUAGUCUAUUCUGUGGAUGGGCUAAGUUGCUUAAAAGGGGGUGCUUUUACUUGUCCUUCCAAGCGUAGGAGCACAAACACGCACUUUUCGGGGCUCAUUCCCAUUUGGGAGUUUCUGGUGUGGUGGGAUCGCUGGUAUUUAGACAUCAUGAAGGCUUCUGGAUCGCGCGUCUUAUUCCUGGUGGUGGGAACUGUUUUCCUGUUCAUUAACUUCUCGUGCAGCAUAACUGGCUCCUUUAUUCCCGAUAAGACCUUCGCUCACCAUGGCGGUGAUGGUAUGAUAAUGACCACAACAAGCAGGAGGUUGAAGGAAAAUGGCUAUAAUUCGCACUCAAACAGGAAGCGCCAUGCAGGCAAUGUAAAUCUGGAUGAUUACCACCCCAUUGAUCCGGUACCAAGUUCAAAGGCUUCCAUAAAACCGGGACCUAUUCAACACGGAACUCCUAUUAACCCAUAUAUUCCAAAACCCUCGCCUCCUGAUCAUCCCAAAAAUGGAGGAUCUACUUAGCCUGCUUAAGAUUUGUUCUUCAAUAUACUGGAAAAGGUAUUAGCAAAAUGAAGAAACUUGCAACUUAAUAUGUACCUGUUGUUCAAACCAGCUUGUAAAUUGUAUUAUGCUUUUUCUGCCAACUUAUGUUUGUGAUGUGCUAGUUUCUAUGUGUUUAUUAAUGUGGGUGUCUUCUGUCAUCCUCUCAAGAUAUGACUGUUACCUUCUUUGUACUUUUAUUAUGAUCAGUUUCUUAUAAGGUCUC